UGCAGGCCCGGCCCGCCCGCUCGCUCGCUGACAGCGAGGCUUAGGGCGGAGGGAAGUGGGUCCGUUGGUCGGUCGGGAACGAGGCUCCAGCGGCCGGGCCCGCGCGGAGCCGUUACCAUGGCAGCCGCCGCCGGGGGCGCGGACGAUGGGCCGCGCUCGGGCCGCUCGAGCUCGGAAGGCGAGUGCGCGGUGGCGCCGGAGCCGCUGACGGAAGCCGAGGGCCUCUUCUCCUUCGCCGACUUCGGGUCUGCCCUGGGCGGCGGCGCGGGCCUACCGGGCCGAGCGUCCGGCGGGGCCCAGUCCCCGCUGCGCUACCUCCACGUCCUGUGGCAGCAGGACGCGGAGCCGCGCGAUGAGCUGCGCUGCAAGAUCCCCGCCGGCCGGCUCCGGCGCGCCGCCAGGCCCCACCGCCGGCUCGGGCCCACCGGCAAGGAGGUGCACGCCUUGAAGAGACUGAGGGAUUCGGCCAAUGCCAACGAUGUGGAAACAGUGCAGCAGCUGCUGGAAGACGGCACCGAUCCCUGUGCAGCUGACGACAAGGGCCGCACGGCGCUGCACUUUGCCUCCUGCAACGGCAACGACCAGAUCGUGCAGCUGCUGCUGGACCACGGUGCUGACCCCAACCAGCGAGAUGGCCUGGGAAACACGCCGCUGCACCUGGCGGCCUGCACCAACCACGUCCCUGUCAUCACCACACUGCUCCGAGGAGGGGCCCGCGUAGAUGCCCUGGACCGAGCAGGCCGCACGCCCCUGCACCUGGCCAAGUCGAAGUUGAACAUCCUGCAGGAGGGCCAUUCCCAGUGCCUGGAGGCUGUGCGGCUGGAGGUGAAGCAGAUCAUCCACAUGCUGAGGGAGUACCUGGAGCGCCUGGGGCGGCGUGACCAGCGGGAGCGGCUGGACGACCUCUGCUCGCGCCUCCAGAUGACGAGCACCAGGGAGCAGGUGGAUGAAGUGACCGACCUGCUGGCCAGCUUCACCUCCCUCAGUUUGCAGAUGCAGAACAUGGAGAAGAGGUAGCAGAGAGGCUCCCUGCUUCCUGCUCUGCCCCCGCCCCUGCCCCUCUGCUCUCUCAUUACAAAGAAAAGCCCAGUGUCUGGGACUUUGAAGCGGCACUUCUCUGGUGAGGACCUCAGCCUUGCCCUCAGAGGCCGGGGGCAGAGGCGUUCUCCCCGUGACCUUGGAACUGCUCCCACCCGCAGUCUCCGUCCCGUCUCUGGGCCGGGACCACAGCCCCUCGCUGCUGCUUCCAAUCCCAAGCCCUGGCCCAUCUGUGCUCUCCUGGCGGGCCUCACUCAUCCCAGGGCCUCCUGGAGCCCCAUCCAGGCCCCAGAGCCUUCUCUACGCACCUUUCCAGCCGGGCUUGUCGCCGUCAGCUGGCUUGGGGCAGGUACCCUCAGGCACCCUCAGGCCAGCCGGCUCCGCAGGGGCUCUUGUCUGGCCCCAUACCGCUCACUGGCACUUAGGUUUAGGCUCAUCCUGACUUUCACAGACACACUGUGUGAGUUGCUGGUUGGAAGGGAGGGCUGGUGACGCCCAACAGGCUAGGAAGGACCCUGCCGAAAAUCUCCAGUCCUUGCCCUCCUGGUCACUGAAACACCAGGAAGGUAGAAAGGCUUUGCAGCCUGGUUGUUGUAGGCUGAUAGCAGCUGGAGGUGCCCAUCCUCCUGUCAGCAACCUGUGAACGUUACUUUAUGUGUCAGGAGAGGAUUCAUGGGUGUAGUCAAGUCCAGGGUCUUUACACAGA